AUGGCAAACAGUGCCCCUCGGGAACAGAGUCACCACCACUGCUCAGCCGUCAACAGCAGCCUCCCGCUGAUGCAGAGCAACCUCCCCACCCUGACCUUAUCUGGCAAGAUCCGAGUGACAGUUACUUUCUUCCUUUUCCUACUCUCCACAACUUUUAAUGCCUCUUUCUUGCUGAAACUUCAGAAGUGGACUCAGAAGAAAGAGAAAGGGAAAAAGCUCUCAAGAAUGAAAGUGCUUUUAAAACAUCUGACCUUAGCCAACCUGUUGGAGACUCUGAUUGUCAUGCCGUUGGACGGAAUAUGGAACAUUACAGUGCAGUGGUAUGCUGGAGAGCUCCUCUGCAAAGUGCUCAGCUAUCUGAAGCUUUUCUCCAUGUACACCCCAGCCUUCAUGAUGGUAGUGAUCAGCCUGGACCGCUCCCUGGCCAUCACAAGGCCGCUAGCUGUGAAAAGCAACAGCAAGCUCGGACAGUCCAUGAUCGGCGUGGCCUGGCUCCUCAGCAGCAUCUUUGCUGGACCACAGUUAUACAUCUUCAGGAUGAUCCAUUUAACAGACAGCUCCGGCCAGACAGGAGGUUUCUCUCAGUGUGUAACACACUGCAGUUUUCCACAAUGGUGGCAUCAAGCUUUUUAUAACUUUUUCACCUUCAGUUGCCUCUUCAUCAUCCCUUUUCUCAUCAUGUUAAUCUGCAAUGCAAAAAUCAUCUUCACCCUAACUCAAGUCCUUCAUCAGGAUCCUCACAAACUACAACUGAAUCAAUCCAAGAACAAUAUACCGAGAGCUCGGCUGAGGACCCUAGAGAUGACGGUUGCAUUUGCCAUUUCCUUUACUGUCUGCUGGACUCCUUACUAUGUCCUAGGAAUUUGGUAUUGGUUUGAUCCUGAAAUGUUAAACAAGGUUUCAGAUCCAGUAAAUCAUUUCUUCUUUCUCUUUGCUCUUUUAAAUCCAUGCUUUGAUCCACUGAUAUAUGGAUAUUUUUCUAUGUAGUUGAUAGACUACAGAGGAAGUCAUGUAAAGAGCAAGGUAAGAAGCUCCUUCAUAUGGGAAUGAUAAACACAAAGGUUGCAGUAUACUUAGAUACAAACAAGGCAGAUAUUAAGGUUGUGUUAUCAUCCCUAUUCUUUUAGAAAUUACAUUAUCAGAGACUUAAAUACCAGAAAAAGAAAACCUUCAGGGAAAAUUAUGAAAUAUUUCUCAAUAAGCUUCUGAAUUAACUGCUGCCCUUUCUAAACACCUAUAACACAUUGUAUGGGUUUCUUAUCACUUUCUCCUUGUAUAAUAAUAUAUAAAUAUUCAAAAGAGCCAUGACUUGAGGCAAAGAAAUUCCAAAAUAUAAGACUGAGAAACCACAAUACAAUUUUAACAUAGGCAUGCCUUGCAGAAUUCCAAGAGGCUUAGCAGCAAUUACAACCUUAUACUGCAGUAAUACACAGAGCACAGAGACAGAAAUUCCCCUGCCCAUAAGGUCAAUUUUCCCUCUUGUAGUUACAAAAAAUAUGAUGAGCCUUAUUUUUACUUUGGCUUCCGAAGCCUUCUGCAGUUCGUAGUAUUCAGCAACCAACACCCCAUCCAUCCAACUCCACCAAACUGACGAGACAUAAAAUAGUCCUUCACUGUGAAGUGUCUUCAUAAAAAGGGAAGUUGUAGCGGGGUUAGGAUUUGGAUGGGGGUUAGAACAUCUAUCCCUCUAGGCUAGAUGGUCUGUGGAGUUUGUUAUUUUUACAUACAAUUAAGAAAGACCUAAACACAUUAUGUUUACCCUCUGGUAUAAUAUAAAAGAUUUUUUUCUAUCUUCUGAUUUUACUAAAUUCAUAAUCCACAAAUCAGUGAGAAAAAUAAUAAGAAACCAAGCAAAUACACAACUUAGAAGAUAGUUGAUACAUAACAGGAACUCUGAAAACUACAGUUUCAGUAAUACAGACCAAAGAAGACAGAAGAGAAAGAAAAACUCUGUGUAACCAACACCUACUGAUGUUCAUAUUAAGUGAUACAGUUUCUAAAAUACGUCAACACAAUACUUCUUUUAAUUCAGGCCUGUUUCUUCCCAUUCCAUAAAAAGGGGGAGAGCAUGAAAAUAAUGAGACUGUAAUAUCCAUUAAAUGAGAAAAGCAUAUAAGGGACUUAAAAGAAAUUCAACCAUUAUUUAACUUCUUUAUAAAAAUAGGUAAAGCACCAUUGUAUUCAUAUGAUAUAUGUAGUACCACAAAAGAGGUAAUUUCCAAUAUUCCAGGACACGUAGAAUCAUGGAAAGUAAAUUGCUAAUUAGACUAAUGGUAGGCCUUUUCAUAUUUUUCCCCUCUCCUACUUUCAGUACUUUCAGUUUAAGUGGGUAGUGGUGUGUGUGUGCUCCACAUUCUAGAUUAUUUUCCAGUUCUGUCUCCUCUGAUCCUAUUUCUGUCACCAUUGAUCUCCUGCCCUCUACUCUGUCAUUCAUAUCAUAUCUUCUCUUUUACUAAAUUCGUACAUUUAAUUGAAUCCAUGCCCCCACUCUACAGUUGAAUUGGACAAGGCUCAAAUUUGUAAAGUGCUAAAUGCUCAGUUAAUUUUAAAGGCAUGCAUAUUGACACCAAGAUUUUGUAGUUGUGCUAGAUGACACAGUAAUAUAAAUAAGUCACAACAAAACCAAUCUUCUCCAAGUCUCUUUAUUAUACAUUUAUUCCUAAACUGGUAACAAUUCUUACUUCUGGAUUUAAAGGUAAAAAUAACACACAUAUGCAAGAUAUAAUCUAAGAGCUUUAUUAGAUAUGUGCUUAAUGAACUUAAGUCAGCUUGGCUCUUACAUGUUCAAGAAACUGUCUACUUAGAUAUGUUCUCAGGUAUUUUUUUGAUAUAUUAAUGAAAGGGCUAAUCAAAAUCUUGAUGCAGGUGUCUUUAACCUGUGGUCCAUAUACAAAACUAUAUUCCAAUGCAACUGCUUUCCCUUUACUCCUAUUAGUCACAGGAAUUAAAGUACAGCAUAGGGAAUAUAGUCAAUAAUAUUUUUAAUAUUUUUGUAUGCUGACAGAUGGCAACUACACUUAUUGCGGUGAGCAUUUAAUAAUGUAUAUUAUUGUCAAAUCACUAUGUUGUACACCUGAAACCAAUGUAACACUGUAUAUCAAUUGCAUUCCAAUAAAAAAGCCCCCCAAAAUCAAGCUUCAAACAAUUAAUCUAAUUUUAAGAGUUAUAAAGUCCAUGCAUAGAAACAGU